AUGGCUAUGGCGGCGGGCGGGCCCAACUCCGGCGCGAAGGUGGUCAGCCUGCGCCUGCAGUACUACUGCGUGUUCGCGGCGGUGGGCGUGGCGGUCAUCGUGCUCUCGCUCACGUUCCUGUCCCCGUCCGCCAUGGGCGCCGUCCGCCAGAACCUCGGCACCGUCGUGGCCGUGGCCACGAAUUCCAGCAGCGGUGACGGUGCGGUGCGGGUGGUAGGAGGUGGAGAGGCCGUGGCGGCGGUGGCUGCGGCCAAGCCGGAGCCGGAGAAGGAGAAGCGGAAGCAGAAGAAGGCGGAGCCGCCGGUGGUGCUGUUCAAUUUCGGCGACUCGAACUCGGACACCGGCGGCGUGGCGGCGGCCGGGGGCAUCCACAUCAUGCCGCCGGAGGGGCGCACCUACUUCCGCCGCCCCACCGGCCGCCUCUCCGACGGUCGCGUCAUCAUCGACUUCAUCUGCGCGAGUCUGAAGACGCAUGAGCUGAACCCAUACCUGAAGGCAGUGGGCUCCGACUACAGCAACGGCGUCAACUUCGCCAUGGCCGGCUCCACGGUGUCCCACGGCGUCUCCCCCUACUCCCUCAAUGUCCAGGUCGACCAGUUCGUCUACUUCAAGCGCAGAUCCCUGGAGCUCAUCGAGCUAGGACUGAAGGGCCCGGUGAACAAGGAGGGCUUCGAGAACGCGCUCUACAUGAUGGACGUCGGCCACAACGACGUCGCCGGCGUGAUGCACACGCCGUCCGAUCAGUGGGACAAGAAGUUCAGUGACCUCUGCGACGAGGUGCGGCUGCGCCUCAAGGACGCCACCGUCGUCUACACCGACAUGUUCGCCAUCAAGUACGGCUUCGUCGCCAACCACACCAAAUAUGGGAUCGAGUGGCCAUUGAUGGUGUGCUGCGGAAACGGCGGCCCGCCUUACAACUUCAUGCCGGGGAAGUUCGGCUGCGGCGAUCUCUGCGGGCCAGAGGAGAAGGUGCUGAGCUGGGACGGCGUGCAUUUCACCGAUUUCGGCAGCGGCCUCGCCGCCAAGCAUGCCAUGAGCGGCGAGUACUCCAAGCCCAGAGUAAAGCUGGCGAGCUUGCUCAAUGGUGGCUCCAAGAAACCAUCAUCGGUGUCUUGA